AUGGAGCAGAGUCGUCUGCUCCAGUUGGCGGAGGGGCUUUACAGGCGCCACCUCGGCGCCUUGUCCUCCUCCUACGUGCAGCAAGCUGCCUGGUUCAGGCAGAUCUGCGAGCGGUGUUUCACGCCUCUGCAGCGCGAGGCCCUCUUCGGCCACAUGGAAGCGGAGCAGAGCGUCGUGCCGCCCGACCUGGGGAUCAGCGCGCUGCGCCUGCCAAAGGGCCUCGUGCAGCAGCCACCGCCCGGUGCGUCGAGGGUCAACGGCUCAUCGGCGGGCAUCAGCUCGCUGAAGCCGGCGACGGGCUUUGAGUGUCCGCCUGGCGGAAGCGACCUGCAAGAAAGCAUCCGCGAGCGACUUCAGCAGUCCGGCGGAAGCCUCUCUCCUGAAGCAGUGUCCAGGCUGCUGGCCUACGACCUCAACUCUGUGUCGUGCCAGAUCCUGGAGCUGUGGCAUCAGGUUCUGAACGUUCUGUCCUUCGGCUACCGGGAAAUCUCCUCCAUGUUGCGUACGCAGUGGGAGGAGCGCAUCAUUGACCAGUGGUCUGUUUCCAUCAUCCGUGAGAAGAUGAGCGCCAACUUGGCUGAGCCGGACAACAAGUCCGUAGGCGAGUCCCACACGGCUGCAUCGGAGAACUUGCGGAAGACCGUGAAGCCACGGCCUCCCGAGCUGGCCUCCAUCGAGGACACGACCCUGCUUCCUCCCAUCGAGCAGCGGCCAGUGCUCUUCGACCAGCGGUCAGUGGCCACCGGUAUGGAGACCACUGGAGUCAAGGAUGCGCUGCAUCCCAGCAUCUGGGAGUCGCGCGUGCCCUCGGCCCCGAAGCAGUACCGCGGAGUGCAUCUCUUCGUGCUUUGCCACGGCUUCCAGGGGAAUUCCUUCGACAUGCGGCUGAUGAAGAACAACAUCGCCUUGCUCUACCCAGAUGCCAUCUUCCUGUGCUCCCAGUCCAACGAGGACAACACAGAAGGUGACUUCUCCGAGAUGGGCAUCCGCCUGGCCCAGGAGGUCUCAAACUUCAUCUGCGACUGGUGCCCGGGGUCGGCCCUGGGCCGGCUCAGCUUCAUCGCGCAUUCCAUCGGCGGCCUCAUCGUCCGCUCUGCGAUUCCGCAUCUGCAGGAGUUCAAGGACAAGAUGUUCACGUUCAUCACCUUCUCCUCUCCGCACGUUGGCUAUUUCUUGAAGAACAUCAGCCUCUUCCAUCUCGGCCUUAAGGUACUGCAAUCUUGGCGUGGAUCCCAAUGUCUUACGCAGCUGUCCAUGGCAGAUGCCGAUGACCCAAGACAGACGAUGAUCUACAAGCUGAGCCAAACGCCGGGAUUCGAGUACUUUCAGAACGUGGUGCUGGUCUCCUGUGCAAGUGACAGCUAUGGACCUUUCGACUCUGCGCGGGUCGAGAUCGGCAACAUGCUGGGGAUGCACACCUCCCAGGAGGCAUACAAGGAAAUCGUCAACAACCUGUGGAAGAAUGUGAAGCCCGAGCGGGUCUUCCGUUUCGACGUGAACUUCCACAUCCCGGAGAACAACCUCGACACUUUCAUCGGCCGUGCAGCGCACAUCCAGUUCCUCGAGUGCCAGCCGAUCAUGAGGCUGAGCUUGGCAUGCCGUGACAUCUUCACCAGCAAGGCGGCGCACCCUUGCACUUCACUACCAGACCAUCAUACGCGGAACGCGGGGCGUGCGGUGUCAAAAAGUCAGCAAGACGGCGAAUGCAUCGUGGAGCAUAGUGAAGCGGCGCUUGAGGACCUCGUCAUCAACCCCCUGGGCACCGGACCCUUCCAGCUGGCGCGGACGCUUGAGGAGCGUCGAUCCAAGCAGCUGGAGGACCUGGACCGCGUGGACAGGCUCUGGGAGUUCCGGCUCUGUGAGGAGAUGUUGCGAGAUUGUCUCGAUGGCUACACCAGACACGGCGAGCGGGACUCAUUGAGUACUGCGGAGGAAGUGCUGACGACCGCGGAGGAACUGCUACGCCGCAUCACUGAGUUGGCCGUACUGCACGAGCAGUCCGACGAGGCCUUCCUCGAUUCGAUCAGUCGAGGCAAACCAGGCACCUUUGCACCCGAUGUGGACGGUGGCCUCCUGAUGCAGGCCCUUCGCUCACCUGACUUCUCCGAGAAGGGGGGGCUGACUCGGUGCCUGCUGUCCUCCAGGCUUUUGGUCUCCGGCCUCCUGGAGUCCGUGGUCGGGGAGUUGACUUGCUGGCGCUCCCACCCCAGCGAGAGUGACCUCCAGGCCUGGAGGCGCUGGGACAAGACGUACGAGCGCCUGGCCUCGCGUGUCGCAGCCGUGCAGCAGGCAAAGCAUGCCAAGGGCGCUGCUGCUAACCCGGCCGCACUUGGCUGGCGCUGUCUGGAGGGCCAGCGGCCAUGCGAGGCAGCGGAUGGUGUCCAGAUCACAGAGUGUUUUGGCCGCACACCGGCUUGCGCUCCCAUGUGUGGGUACGGGCAGUCCGCGCCUGGUUGA